GUUGCCAGCUAGUACAUUCAGCGAUCACAUUGCGCUAAAAUUGUUUGUUUUCUCUUUGUUAUCACUUUUGAAAAUAACACAACAUUUUGAAAUCAAAAUAAACAUCACAACGAUGAAUAAGUCCGAAACGAAUUCAGAGUGUCCGAUUUGUAGUAAACUAUUUCCCGCCGAUGCCAUUGAGACGCACGUGAAUCGUUGUAUAUUUCUCAAUACCAGAACGGAUAAUAGUGAUGGUGCGGCAAAAGAACCAAAACGAACUUUCGGUGUUUUUCAGUCAAACAGCCCCACCGGCGGUGGCAAGAAACCGAAAUUGGAUGUUAAUGUGAAUGGAACUAAAAAAAGGUCAAUCUUGAGUGGAAAAGCGAGUUCAGCUGCUGAGAAACUGUCAGCGAUUGAAAUUAAAGACGAUGUGGAUGAUGCGAAGAGAACCCAAUCAACGAGCACACUGGAACGGAAAGAAAAGACAAUGAAAAACGUUGAUAUAAACAGUUCCAUUCCGUUGGCUGAAAAAAUGCGUCCCGAUACCAUUGAUGACUACGUCGGACAAGACCAUAUAAUCGGCAAAAAUACAAUACUUCGUCAAGUGCUGGACAAAAAUGAAGUUCCGAGCAUGAUCUUGUGGGGACCGCCUGGAUGCGGAAAGACAACUUUAGCUCACAUUAUUGCAAAUCAGUGCAAAGCCACGAGCAAUUCUCGAUUCGUUAAACUUUCGGCCACAAUGUGUGGAGUGAAUGAUGUGAAAGAAGUUAUUAAGGUGGCCGUGAACGAGAGAAAGUUCAAAAGGAAAACUAUUUUGUUCAUGGACGAAAUUCAUCGGUUCAAUAAGCUUCAACAGGACACUUUCCUACCACACGUUGAAAGUGGAGCAAUUACUCUGAUUGGUGCUACAACAGAAAAUCCAAGUUUCAGUUUGAAUUCAGCAUUGCUCAGCCGAUGCCGAGUCAUCAUACUGGAAAAAAUCGAAAGCGAUUGCAUGUAUCAAAUUUUGUGUCGAUCACUGAAAACAUUUAACGCUGUGAUACGUGAGGGUGACGAGCCACCGAAAAUAGCAGACAUCGGCUUCGUGCCAGAGGCUGUGGUCGAGGCAGCUUCUAUAAAAUGGCUAGCUGACAUGUGUGAUGGGGAUGCUCGAAUCGCUUUGAAUAGUCUUCAGUUGGCAUUGCAAUCGAUCCUAGAUCAAAAGCACGGUGAUACAAAUUACGAUUUGAAAGUCGUUACAUUAGACGCCAUCAAAGAUGGUAUUAAAAAGAGCCACAUCCUCUAUGACCGCAAGGGCGAUCAACACUACGACAUGAUAUCAGCACUGCAUAAAUCAAUUCGAGCGUCUGACGAUAAUGCCGCAUUGUACUGGUGUACACGGAUGAUGAUCGGUGGAGAAGAUCCCAGAUACAUAUGUCGACGAUUGGUCAGGGCCGCCAGUGAAGAUAUUGGUCUGGCCGAUCCACAAGCCGUUUCCAUUGCAUUGAACAGUUUGAACGCCGUCCAGUUAGUGGGUAUGCCCGAGGCUGAUGUUAUUAUAGCCCAAUGUGCUAUUUACUUGGCUCGAGCGCCGAAGAGCACAGAAGCAUAUAAGGGGCUGACGCGAUGCAAAAGAGAUAUAAAUGAGUGUCAAGGACCGCUGCCACCAGUGCCUUUACACUUACGCAACGCACCGACAAAAUUAAUGAAAGAAAUGGGAUGCGCUCAGGGAUAUAAUUUACUGCACAAAGAUAUCUCUGGACUCACUUAUAUGCCUGAAGGGUUGGAAGACCGAAAUUACUUUUAGUUGUCUCAAUUUGGAAUGUUAUGUGAAUAUGUUGUGGACGUGCUGUUGGACAAAUAUUUGAUUUAAUUACACAAUCACUCAGGUCUAAAUGUU